AUGAUCUACCAGUUGGUGAGUGAGGCGGUGGAGCAGGUGUCCGUCUCUUCACAGCGUCUCUGUAAGGUGAUGGGGCUACCCCAGAGGGAGAGCUGUCCGACCAAGAGCUCUUUGACUGCCGCUGAAGACGACCAUCUCCCUGGGAACACCUCUUCCUCAGCAGCUGUGACAAAUAAGAAGGAGAAGGAGAAGGAGAAGAAGGGGAAGAAACCAGACUCAAAGAAAGCUGGGUCUGGAAAGGACAAGGAAAGAGUUCCUAGUAGAGGAAAGAGUGUCGCUGCCAGAAAGUCUAAGACUUCAGUGAGCAGUAAGGACACCGACACGGCGUCAGAGGCAACAGAGCAGACACCUUCUGUGCAACCAGUUCAGCAGGUUGACCCGCUGGUAGAGAGGAAGUACAGAGAAAACCUUUAUGCCUCCGUUUAUGCAAUUCUGGUGGCUACCGUGGAGAAGAUGGUAUUGACACUACCAGAACAAGAGUUGUAG